UUGAUCUUAAUCGACAGAAUGAAGUGUAUUACUCCCGAAAUUUCGUGGCAUAAUCGCGAUCCAGUCCUGAGUAUCGAUGUACAAAGCGAUGUGUACGAAAAUGCGAAAGGAGAAAUGUUUUGGAGAGUGGCGACUGGAGGAGCAGAUUGCCAUGUUUUGAUUUGGCAUUUGACAACAACCAAUUAUGGUGGAGCUACUGUGAGCUUUGCAGCAGAUUUGGUUCGUCAUCAAAGGGCAGUAAAUGUUGUGAGAUUUUCUCCGUCAAAGGAAAUUCUAGCAUCAGGAGAUGAUGAAUCGAUUAUUAUUUUGUGGAAAGUCAAGGAAGGAAGAGACUUAUCUCCGCCUUCAGAUGAUACUGAAAAUAAAGAACAAUGGACUUCCUGGAAAGUACUGAAAGGUCAUAUUGAAGACGUUUAUGAUAUUAGUUGGUCGCCGGACUCUAAUUUUUUAAUCUCGGGAUCUGUUGAUAAUACUGCUAUACUGUGGGAUAUUCAGAAAGGUCGUAAAACUGCGAUAUUACAAGACCACAAAGGUUUUGUACAAGGAGUGUCUUGGGAUCCCUGUAAUCAAUAUGUAUGCACUAUUAGUACAGACAGAUACUGCCGUUUAAUAAGCAUUGCCACAAAGAAAGUCGUUCAGCGCGUUUAUAAGUCUAAAAUUCCGACACCAUCUGGCAUUUCAUUGGAAGGGAAGCUCGUGCGUCGUCUAUUUUACGACGACACCUUCAAAUCUUUCUUCCGCCGACUGACCUUCUCGAUAGAUGGAUCCCUAAUUUUUGUUCCAUCUGGAAUAAUCGAGUCGCAGGAGACCACAGGGACUGUAUCAAAUGCAGUAAUUGUUUUCUCUAGAGAAGAUAUAAGAGAACCAAUAAUGAUCUUACCUACUUUAAAUGAAUGUACUAUAGCAGUACGAUGUUGUCCUGUGUAUUUUGAAUUACGAAAGGAUGGUCCAGCUGCUUUGGUACCGUUGCCUUACAGAAUGAUACUCGCUGUCGCUACACAGAGUUCUAUAUUAUUCUACGAUACACAGCAGACUUCUCCAAUCGGUGUGGUGUCGCUAAUUCAUUAUGGUAGACUAAAUGAUCUUUCAUGGUCUAGCGAUGGUAAAAUUUUAAUUACAUCUUCGAGCGAUGGCUACUGUUCCAUAAUACACUUUGAAGAAGGUGAACUAGGGAAAGUUUAUGAGAUAAAAGAAAAUUCUUUACAAAAGAGUAUAAAGGAAACUAUAAAGGAAGUACCUAAAAGUUCUAGUAAAAAAUCUUUGUACAGUACAAUCAAAAACAAAAACAAUGUUCCAACAAUAUUCGAUGUAGAUGAUUGUGCGAUGGACAUUGAACUUAUAAAAAGUAACACAACCAACGCAAUAACAAAUAAUCAAGCUGAAAAACUUAAGGGACAGAAACUGAACGAAAUUAUUAGUAGUGAAAAUAUUAGAUCAGAAAGUAAUUUACAGAUUGACAAGAAAUUAAAUGAAGAAGAAACAGAAGAUAUCAAAUUGGUGUAUAACGAAGAAAACAGUAGCGAUGGGACCAAAAUCAAAACCAGAAAUACUCCGCCAAAGUCUGCUCCUAUUAUAUGUCACAAAACUCCUAGAAGGGUGAAAUUAAUAACUUUGUCGAGUCCAAAAGGACUCAAGAAACAAUAGUUUGUAAAACAGAUAUGCUAUGUAAUUAUUAAAUAUAUAAUUAUUUUUAUAAUGUAUAAUAUUAA